AUGGACCUGGGCUCCCUCGUGUGCUCGCCCUCCUCCCCCUCCUGCUCCGCCUGCCCCCUCUCCCCCCACUGCCGCGCCCUCGCACUGCAGCAGCAGGGGGCACGCAGGGGGGAAGAGGGGGAGGGUGGAGAGGGCGGAGAGGGCGAGGGGGCAGUGCGGGUGACGGACUUCCCUGUGCGCAAGGCCAAGGCCGCACCCAGGGAGGAGUGGGUGGCCGUGUGUGUCGUGGAGAGGAGAGGUGCGGCGGUGUCAGCGCUGGCAUCAGAGGCAUCAGCAGGUGUUCCUGCCAAGAAAGGCAGACGCGCACAGGGCAGCCCCAGCGGCAAUCAAUCUAGUAGUGAGGAACCUUCUCAGUACCUUCUGGUGCAGCGCCCACCAACAGGAUUGCUGGCAGGGCUGUGGGAGUUCCCCUCCCUGGUUGUGACCUCAGGCACAGGCAGGCCAGCAGAGGCGCAACAGAGGCAGGCUGUGAGGCAGCUGCUGGGGCAGAUGCUUCCCUGUGUGACUAUAGAGGGGUCUGGACAGCUUAGCUUGGAUGGGAGAAUGCUGCAGGAGGGGGAGAAUAAGGUGGAGGGGAGCAAGUGGCGUGUGAUCGAGAAGCAUGAUGUGGGAGAUACGUUGCAUAUCUUCUCCCACAUACACCAGCAUAUGCUAGUCGAGAGAAUUGUGAUUGUAGGAGAGGAGGCAGGAGAUCCGGUUAUCUGGGAGUGCAACACAGAAAACGCAGUGGCCAGAUCGAAAGGGAAGCAAGCUGGUUGCCAGGAGAAUUAUGAAGAUGCUUGCUUACUACCAGUCCAUCAGCGAUGGUGCUGGCAUAGUGAGACGGAAAUCGAGAAUUUGGGUCUCUCGAGUGGUGUCAGAAAGGUGUGGGAUAUGCUUCAAGCUUAUACACUUGUCACUGACUCCUGCCCAGCCGAGUCCUCUCCUUUCCACUCGCAUCAGCUGCCCGUGCCGAUUACCAGUCAUUCGCCGUUAUACGCGCAAUCCGCCAUGGCGCCCAGUUUCGGCCGUCCCUGGUUCGCCAUUUUCAACACAAAUCCCGUGCAGGCCAAGGAAGAGAAAGCCCCCAUGCCGCCGUCGAUCGACUUUCAGCCUUCGAUUCGCGUAAGCCAGUUCGGCGGAAAGAGCCAGCGGCAACUCGCAGGCGUCUCCAGCAGCCCGCUCGUGCAGGACCACGUCGCCGCCGUCGCAAUGCGCGCCCGCCUCGAGAUGCGCAAGGGAUUGCCGCAGAGCACCGUGCGCCUUCUCGAUCCACCGUCGCUGUCAAGCGCCGCCCCCCGAACCAGUCUUCCGCCGGCGGCUUCCGCCACACUAACCCCCCCGCUCAGCGCCAACACUGAAGCCGCUUCCGGAAGGUCGAGCGCCACCAGUCAAAAUUCUUCCGCCAUUUCACCGGAACCUGCUGGGAUGAGAAAACAUCCUUCCGCCAACCCUCCGCCGCUAACAAUCCCCCCGCUCGCGCCAAGCCCCUCCGCACCCAUCACCCCCCACGGCACGUCCGCCAUGCAGCCGCCCCACACGCCGGGCUCGACGGCAGCAGCUCGGGCAACCGCAAUCGCGCCAAUGACGGCGGAAUCGGAUCUGGUGGCGGCGCCGCUCAAAGUGGCGGCGCAGUGGAGCCGAGAGGAGUGGCUGCUCGUGGUGCGCGCCGUGGAAGCCGGCGCGACAAGGUGCUUGAAAUGCCCAAAGCAGUCCGAGUCCAUGGCCGCCGCAACACACGGCGCCAUCCACCUCAUCCAAAGCCUUAAAACGACGACUGCCGCUUCGACGCCAGGGGUGAACCCGACCUCGAAUCCAGGCUCGGCGAAAGGCUCGGGAUCCGGCCCGGAGCAGUUUUCAAGCCCUGCCGCUCCCGCCGCAGGCAUGCCGAAAGUGGAAAUUCCUGCGUCACCGUCGCGGCGCAAUCUGUUUUACACCACGUCAUCAGGGUCAUCUGAUGACACCACAUUCGUCGAUGAUUCCGCCACGCUGGCGAGCCGCACCUCGACCGGUUCCGCGUCGACUUCCGACGACGACUACACCGUCAGCGCCGCGACGCGAUACGGCAGCUACAGCAGUUUCAACAACAGCAGCAACAAGGGCGCUGCGGCCGCUCAGGCGCCAUCCACGUUCAUGCUUCCAAGCCCUUCCGGCUGUCCCCGCACGCCCUUCUCGCAUCACAUGCCACCGACGCCGGCGAAUCAGCAAGCCGCCUCUUCCCGCGGCUUGCCGGCCGGCAGCAUGAUCUUGCCCAGCCGAGCCGACGCGUCGGAAGAGCUCCCCGCGUGUCCGUUCCUCGGCCACUCCGCGCGCUACAGCAGCUACGAGACAAAAGACGCCGGCCGCUCGGCCGAGCCUCCCUCUCCGGGACUCCCGCGAACGAUGCUGUUCAGCGGCAUGACGACACGCCGCAGCGCCGACGGGUCUCUCCCAGUGCGAUCCGCGACGGCGGGCUCGGCAAGCGCAGCCGGGGCGAGCGGGAGCCGGAGCAUGGGGAUGAGCGCGAGCGGCGUGCAGGUGGACGCGAUGAACCGCAAGCUGCUGACGGUGAUCACCAAGACGCACGAGAUCUUCUCGCGCGACCUCACUCCCAACGGCUCGCAGGUCGCCGAUUACCUGCUCUCGCAGCUGCUCGAUCUCACGCAGUCCGAGUCGGGCUUCAUCGCCAGCGCGCUGAAGCGCGCCGAUGGGUCGCUGUACCUCAAGACGCACUCAAUUACGAACCUGGCGUGGAACCGCGACCUGCGCGCGUGGUAUACGGAGAACGCGCCCAAGGGGCUCGUGUUCGGCAAUCUCAAGACCAUCUUCGGCCGCGUCGUGACGUCCGCUGACGUCGUCAUCAGCAACGACGUGCCCAACGAUCCGCGCGCGUCAGGACAAGGCGUGCCUCCCGGGCAUCCGGUGAUGCGGAGCUUCCUGGGCGUUCCCUUGUUUUCCGGGCCGGAUCUGGUGGGGAUCUAUGCGGUGUCGAACCGCGAGGGGGGCUAUAACGAGGGGCUGCUGAUGAGCAUCCAGCCCGUGACUAAAACGGUGGCGCAGGUGGUGGUGGGCGUGCAGCAGCGGCGCAAGAAGUGGGAGGCGGAGGAGCGACUCAACGACAUGCUUGAGGCGACACAGCAUGCCAUGGUGGCGGUGUCAGCGGACGGCAAGCUCACGUGCGCCAACCGGGCGGCGCGCGCGCUCUUUGCGCUGGAGAGCAGCACGGAGGGCGACGGCGAUGCGACAGGUGGCAAGCUGCCAUUGGGGCUGAAGCUGGCGGACGUGCUGGUCUGCAUCGAUGGCGAUGAGAACUUCAUGCAGCGAGGCCUGGAUGCCUUUGCUGAGGAGUCGCUUUAUGAGUGGUCAGCCGAGGGACGGCAGCACCGGCUGCACGGUGAAGGGGAGGAAGGAGCAGCAGAAGCAGCAGACAGCAUGGCCUUGAGAAUCACCGUGGCGCGGGGCUCCUCCAGUGACGUGAAAUUUGUGGUCACUGCUAGGGAGGCUGCUGCUGGGCGCGGGAGACACUCAGGGGAGGAGGUUGAUGGUGAUAGAAACGGGAUGGAGCAGGGCCAUGAGGGGCAUGAGGUAGCGUAUGCACAUGGUGAUGAGCAAU